CGAGAGCUUUGCCUCGUUCAUGCAGCAGCAGCUAAAUACAAGUGCGCCACCCAAACACACGGAUGUGCCGAGAUACGCGUUGGCUGGGAUGGUAAAAUACCACGCUGGCGCAAAGGCUCUGAACUCAGCUAUGUCGUCUGCGUAGAAAGCUUCCCAUCCCCUCUCUCGUCCUUGGUGGAAGAUUCCAUGAAAGCAGCAAUUGAUAUGUGGGGUGGUAUUAGUGUGAGAUUUAAACAAGUCGCACGCAAUGACCCAGCUACGUUUGCUGUUAUAUACGAAAAUCGCAACAGAAACGUCUAUGCCUGCUCUUUCUUCCCUAACGACUCAUCGCGCGAAUUGACUAUAUACCCACCGAGUCUCCGAGAGCCAAAUUACCUAGCCAACAUCUUGGCCCACGAAGUUGGUCAUAUUCUAGGGCUUCGACAUGAGUUUGCUCAUGAGAGAGAGAAAGGACAUGCUUCUGCUCUGUUUGGGAGCGAGAAUGCCGAUUCGAUUAUGAACUAUUUUGACCACCCAAAACAGCUCCAAGUAAGGGAACAAGAUCUCGAAGAGUUAAAACGUUUCUAUGCGUAUGACAAAACAAAAUAUGGGAAACUAUCUAUCCUUGAUGUCAAUCCA